AUGGUAUUCGCAGUUUCCACAACUGCGACGCAAGCAGAAUCUACCAAAACUCUUACGGUUCGCGAGGUUUACGAGCCUCCCGCUGCAGAUAAAAGUAGCGGGCACGUGGUACCUAUUCAACAUGACAAUGAAGUUGAUUUUGGAGCUGAGGUGUAUGGCAUCGACUUGAAUAAUUUCACAUCGGCUGAUUUCGCUUUGAUCUCCGAUGCUCUCCACCGCCAUAAGCUGCUUGUUUUCAAAGAACAGCCUGAGAUGCUUACUCCACAACAGCAAUAUAGACUCACAUCAUGCUUCGAUCCCAAUGAGAAGACAGGAGGAUUUGCCCACGGUGCAGACCCAGUCCUCCUCUCACAAAAUGGCGUCACCAUAUAUGGUCUACCAAAUAGACCAGCAAUCAAUGUACAGCCUCAAGUCCAUAUCCUAGGUCGUGGCGAAGUGCCUCCUGGUCAUUAUGACUUCCCGCCUGGAUUUAAAGUGAAAGGGAUUGAUCAUGUGGAUUUUCAUAUUCCACCCCACCUUCCACAGGACAAGCGUGAUGCUGGAGCUAGUCGCUUCUACCAGUGGCAUUGGGAUGGAUCGCUGUACAAAAUUCCUCCUCCACGGGUGGGUUGUCUACUAGCUGUCCGUACCCCCAAGGGGCCCGAUGUGACUGUCCACUGGGGAGAUGGCACAGGAAGAACCAUGAAGAUAGCACCAGGUGCGACCGCUAUGGUUGCUGGAUCUCGAGCUUUGGAGCUCCUUGAUCCAGAACUUCGGGCGAUCGUGUUGAACAGUCGUAUCGAAUAUGCCCCCCAUGCUUUCCAGUGGAUGUCGACAGCACGCAGUACUCAGCUUGGACAUAUACUUGAAACUGAGGGGCGAGAGAUGCCAUUGGAUAAGCUUUCACCCUGGUCUGACGAGAAUACUUGCGUUUACCCUAUGGUGUGGACUAAUCCGGUAACUGGGGAGAAGUCUCUACAAGUUCAUGGCCAGGGGGCCUUCAAACUCUAUUUGAAGAGCGGGCCCGAUGCGAAGGAAACCGUGGUGACGGACUUAAAAGAAGUUCGUAAUUUUAUGGAUAGGAAGCUUACAAGCCCCGAAAGAAUUAUGAGUCCUGUGCUCUCCCCGGAAAAUAUAUAUGCGCACCCUCACCAGGAGCAAGAUGUUAUUCUCUGGUACAAUCGGGCAUUAUGGCACAGCAUUACUGAAUUUCCCGAAGCGUAUGGUCCGCGGAUUAUGCACCAGUGUAAUAUUGCAGCUUCGGACCAUCCUUUAAACUAG